AUGCUGCGGCUUGUGGUGGAGUCAGCCAGGAUUAACCCGCCCCUCAGCCCCGCACCCAAAUCCUAUGUGUCCGUCUACUUCAGAGAUAUCAAGAAGAAAACUCAUGAGGUGGAAGGAAAUAACCCCACAUGGAACGAGACCUUAAUCUGGCAUCUCUGGAACCGCCCCCUUCGGAAGGACUCUUUCCUGCAAAUCAUCCUUCAGGACUUGGGCUCAAUUAAGAAAGAAAGGUUCCUUGGCCUGGCCACAGUACCUCUCAAGCCCUUGGUGAAAAAGCCGACAAAAGUCCUUUUCGUGAAGGAUCUGAACUUACUCAACCAUUCCAUGAUGCCCACAGACUGCACUGUCACGUUACAGGUGUCUCGUGUGAGCAACCGGGAUAUUGAGAAGAUAGGGGAUGAAGACUACCUAGGCGUAACUGCACGAGAGGGGGCCAGGCAGAAGCUGAUGGUCACCAGCAAUGCUGUGCAGAAGGAGCUAUCCUCAAAGCCUCAGCACUUCCAGGUCCGAGUAAAGGUGUUUGAAGCCCGCCAGCUCAUGGGCAACAACCUGAAGCCAGUGGUGAAGGUGGUCAUCGGAGGCCAGCAAUACCAGACGCGGAUCAAGAUGGGGAACAACCCUUUCUUCAACGAGAUCUUCUUCCAGAAUUUCCAUGAGGUUCCUGCAAAGUUCUUCGAUGAGAUCAUCUUAAUCCAGGUGAUGAAUUCCUCAGUGAUGAGAUUCAAUGCAGAGAUCGGGAGAUUCCAAACAGAUAUUGGUUUUAUCUACCAUUCUCCAGGUCACACACUCAUGAGGAAAUGGUUAGGCCUCUGCCAGCCAGAUGAACCCAGCAAGGGUGUGAGAGGCUACCUGAAAGUCACCAUCUGUGCCCUUGGUGUGGGAGACCAGGCCCUGGUAGAUCAAAAGCUGGACUACGAUGGCACCAAUAUUCAGAUCUUCAAGUCAAUGCUGGUCCCCAUCGACAUGGCCUACUUACAGUUCUUCGUCUACUGUGCCGAGGACCUGCACCUCAAGAAACACCAUGUAGUGAGUCCUGCACUGGAGGUGGAACUAAUUGGGGAAAAGCUCAAGACACGAGUGCAGACCCAAACCGAGAACCCAAUCUGGAACCAGAUCCUGACCUUCCGGAUACAGCUGCCUUGCCUCUCCAGCUACAUCAAGCUCAGAGUCUUGGACUGCACCAAGAGCAACUGCCAGGAUGAGGUCGGAACUGCCAGCCUAUCUCUCAACCAGAUCUCAUCCACCGGAGCAGAAAUGGAAGGAAUGUACUCUGGCUUCCUGCCCUGCUUUGGUCCCAGCUUCCUGACCCUCCAUGGGGGUAAAAAGGCCCCUUUCCGGAUGGAAGAAGAAAGUGCCACUAUUCCCAGCUCUGUUAAGGACGGUUUGGAGUAUCGAGGCCGAGUUUUCCUGGAGUUAGUCACCCACAUGACGUACCACCAAGACAACAUCAUAAAGACCCUCUCCCAGGAAGUGACAAGUAUAGAGAAGCAUCAGAGCCGCCAAAAGUAUGGGCUGUGUGUCGUCUUCCUUUCCUGUACCAUGAUGCCCAAAUUUAACGACCUGAUCCGAUUUGAGGUCAGCAUUGGCCACUAUGGAAACAAGAUGGACCUGAAUUACAAGCCUCUCGUCUCCACCACACAGUAUAGCCCAGUGAUAUACGACGGGAACAUCUACCAUUAUGUGCCCUGGUAUAACACCAAGCCGGUGGUGACCGUAACCUCUUACUGGGAGGAUGUCAGCUUCCGCAUGAACUGCCUGAAUCUCCUCCACUUCACUCGGGACCGCCUGAAAGCCAACCUGGACACCCUGAAAUCCAUGAGGAACCUGAAGGACCCCGCCCUGCUCCCCCAGUGGGAGAAACUGCUAAGGGAGCUGGUGGAGGACUGCAAGUGCUCUCUGCCCUGCAUGACCAAUGAGCCCAAAGCCACAAACCUGGACAAGAAGAGGUGGCAGCUCCGCAGCUAUCUCCUGAAGGAACUGGCCCAAAAGGCCAAGGAAGCGCAGCCUAGGGAGAUGGUGGCCACCGUGGAGGGCUGGCUGUUCCGCCUCAAUGCUGUGCUUCCCGAGCCCCAGGUGAGCCUCCCUGACGUGAUGAUCUGGCUGAUGGCUAACGACCAGCGAGUGGCCUAUGCACAGGUGCCAGCCCACAGCAUCUUGUUCUCCCGGACGGGGGCGCUGCAUUGCGGCCAGUUCUGUGGGAAGACACAGACUCUCCUCCUGCAGUACCCAGAGGGUGAAGGACAGAAGGACAUCCUCCCAGCCCACCUCCGGGUCUGCAUGUGGCUGGGCAACAUCACAGACAGCACAGACCUGCAGCUGCUCCGCCAGGGCGAGAUGGUUGUGUACGCAGAGACGUAUGAGAACCAGGCCAAGUAUAAAGGCCAGUGGGGGCAGCAGGGGCUGUAUCACUGCCCUAACUUCUCCGACGUCCUGGGGCACAAGGCUCUCCCCAAGGAGGAUUUCAAGGCACCCCUGGGAUGGCACUGGCAGGGGCAGUGGACAGUAGAGCCUCAGAGGAGACUCCUCUUGGACACGGAUAUCAACAAGAGCCAGGUGCUGGAGGAGGUAUACGAGAACCAGCACCGUGACACCAAGGGGGUGUGGGUGCCAGCGGCUACCCCCAACACAGAUGUGAAUGGACAGCCCGUGGAGGCCCGGGAGAAUGUGAAGUGUCCCCAAGGCUGGCACGUGAAGAAGAACUGGACCGUGGAGCUGAACCAUGCAGUGGACAAUGAGGGCUGGGAGUACGGUGUGGGAAUGCUGCCCUCGGGCCUGCCGCAAGUUUGGAACCCGGUAGAGAAGAUCUACUAUUCCUGCCGCCGCCGGCGUUGGGCGCGUGUGCGCUGCCGGGACCGCAGGCAGCUGGGCACGGAGCAGGAAACGCUGUCCUUCCUGCAGCUGCACCAUGGCCUGGCCCAGGAGGAGGAGGGCUGGGAGUACGGCACCAUGGGUUCCAAGUUCCACCUGGGCCCUCAGCCUCAGAGCCGGUUCCGCCGCCGCUGCUGGCACCGCAGACUGGCCCCCGAUGAAGAUGAGGGCACUGCGCCCAUAUUCCUCCUGGAGGGGUCCUUGGGUACAGACUUGAAUCAGCAGGCUGAGAAGGAAGAGGACAAGACGCCAUCGAGGGGCCUGAGCAAAACAUUCACGGACUCCUGGAGGUCUGCUGCAGAGGACACCCAGACACCCCACCUGCCUCUCAUCUACUGCAUCUUUGACAAGCCUCACUACUAUCAGCUUUUCUGCUACAUCUACCAGGCCCGGAAUCUGGCAGUCAGUCAGACCCAGGUGUUCCAAGGGCCUUUUGUUCGCCUGGUCUUCCUGCACCACAGCCAGUGCACCCAAAGCCUCAGGAGCUCUGCAGCCCCUACAUGGGCGCAGACGCUUGUCUUUCAGCACCUCCUGCUGUAUGAGAACCCCCAGGACACCAGAAAGAGCCCGCCACUCGUGGUCUUGGAACUAUGGCAGCGGGACAGCCAGGGCAAGGAGAGUUUGUGGGGACGGAGCAUGUGGUCCCCAGUGGUCUGGCUGGAUGUCCAGCACCGGAUCCUGCCCCCCAUGAGGUGGCACCCCCUUGCAAAAGAGUUGGGAGAGGAAGAGGGCGAGAUCCUGGCAUCCUGCGAGCUGAUCCUGGAGACUGAGAGUCUCAGAAGGAAGCUGCCAAUCUUAAGUCUUCCCUGGAAGAACGGGGUCUUCACACUCCCCAAGAGCAUGCAGCCCAUGCUAAGGAAAAUGAUGAUCGAGAUCCUGGCAUGGGGCCUCCGCAACAUGAAGGAGGUGCGUGCCCCACAGCUGCUGGUGGAGUGCUGGGAAGAAACCCUGCAGACAGAACCCAUCAAGGACUUCCCGAGCAACCCCAACUUCGCCCAGUCAGUCCUCUUCCUCACACUGUUCAUGCCAACGGAGGCGGCCUACGCGCUGCCGCUCGUGUUGAAGGUGGUAGACGACCGGGACUUCGGCCAGCAGGCUGUGGUGGGUCAGGCCAACAUCGACUCCCUGCAGCCCUACUUCUGCGACCCCUGGGCCUUGGACUACGUGCCCCCACGGCUUCCAAGUAUGCCCUUCCCCAGGCCUUGCCACCAAGCUGGCACUCCUUUGCAUGGUCCUGAGAUUCAUGGUUGCACUUUUUCCACACAGAGCUGUGUGAGUGCAGGCUGGAGGCCACCAGGCCACACCUCGCUCACUGCUCUCUUUUCUCAGCUCCUAGGUUAUCUCUCUGAAAAAUUCUGGUUCAAGUUCAGCAAAACCGAGGAUGAGUACGAGCAUGAGGUGGACUGGUGGAGCAAGUUGUUCUGGGCCACAGGAGACGAUAAGUCCCCAAAGCACAAAGAUAGAGACUACCACACCCUGAAGAUAUACGACUGCGAGCUGGAGGCAGUGCCAGCCUUCCAAGGCCUGCAGGACUUCUGCCAGACCUUCAAACUCUACCAGGAAUCACCCAAGGUGGACAGCCCCGUGGUAGGGGAGUUCAAGGGCCUUUUCCGUGUCUACCCCCUUCCUGAGAACCCAGAGGCCCCCAAACCGCCCCGCCAGCUCUCAGUUUUGCCCAAGAAGGAGGACUUCCCUCAGCAGUGCGUAGUGCGGGUAUACGUGGUGCGAGCCAUCAACCUGCAGCCCCAAGACUACAAUGGCCUGUGUGACCCUUAUGUGAUCCUGAAACUGGGGGAAACUAAGCUUGGCAGCCGGGACAAAUACCAGGCCAACACCUUGGACCCUAUCUUUGGCAUGAUGUUCGAGCUGAGUUGCACCAUCCCCCUGGAGAAGGACCUGGAGGUCCAGCUGUAUGACUUUGACCUGUUCUCACCUGAUGAUAAGAUUGGAACCACUGUCAUCGACCUCGAAAACCGGCUCCUGUCUGGCUUUGGAGCUCGCUGUGGGCUCUCCCAAUCGUACUGCCAGUCAGGGCCCUUCAGGUGGCGGGAUCAGGUGCUCCCAAGCUUCCUCCUGGAACACCAUGCCAAACGGAAAGGACUGCCUCCGCCUCUGUUCAACCCCAAUGGUGACUCUGUUUUUUACAAUGGGAGGAAGUUCAAGCUUCAACGCUUUGAGCCCAAGCCCCCUAGUGCUCGUUACUUUGGACCUAAGAAGGAGCGCCUGGCUCUGCACCUCCUGCACACCCAGGGGCUGGUCCCUGAGCACGUGGAGACCCGCACACUGUACAGUGACAGCCAGCCAGGCAUCGACCAGGGAAAGGUGCAAAUGUGGGUGGACAUCUUCCCCAAGAAGCUGGGGCCUCCUGGCCCCCCUGUCAACAUCAUGCCCAGGAAGCCUAAAAGGUACGAGCUACGCUGCAUCAUCUGGGAAACUGCCCAGGUGGACCUGAAGAACAUCACCUUAAGCAACGAGAUGAUAAGUGACAUCUAUGUCAAAGGGUGGCUAUUCGGGCUAGAGAAGGACAUGCAGAAGACAGAUGUCCACUAUAGCUCCCUGACUGGGGAAGGCAGCUUCAACUGGCGGUUCAUCUUCACCUUGGACUACCUGGCAGCGGAGCAAGUAUGCGUCCUGAGCCAGAAGGACUACAUAUGGAGCCUGGAUCCCACAGUGAUGAAGUUCCCAGCUCGGCUCAUCAUCCAGGUCUGGGACAAUGAUUUCUUCUCCAUGGAUGACUUCCUAGGGGUCCUAGAGCUGGAUCUGUCGGACAUGCCUCUCCCAGCCCGGCAUGCCAAGCUGUGCUCUGCCAGGAUGAUGGAUGCGGAGCCGAAGUGGCCCUAUUUCCUCCGGCACAAGCACUUCUCCCUCUUCAAGAAGAAAACUGUAACCGGCUGGUGGCCUUGCCAGGCCCUUGAGGAUGGCAAAUGGCGCUUGUCGGGUAAAGUGAAGAUGACACUGGAGAUUCUGACAGAGAAGGAAGCCUUGAUCCGGCCAGCAGGACGUGGGCAGUCAGAACCCAACCAGUACCCUACACUUCACCCCCCACUACGCACCACCACCUUGCUGUCAUGGCUUCAAUCACCCAUUAAAAACAUCCUCCGUAUUUUCUGGAAACGCUACCGCUUCAAAAUCACAGUAGUCUCAAUCAUAUUGAUUAUGGGGCUUAUACUGUUCAACUUCAUGUAUUCAGCUCCGAACUAUUUGGCCAUGGACUGGGUCAAACCUAAACUUCGGCUGAAUUCGCCCAUUACAAUAGUCAACAACAUCAUUAAUUCACUAAACGCCAGCCAUAACAACUCUUCCGUCCUCGUCACCCAGCAUCUGAACCGAGAGCCUACAAUAGAACCUACAACAAACCAUGAGCUGAAACUCCUCCAGGGACCCAUAAAUCACCUGCAAGAUAUUUUUCCAGAACUUCCAGCCCCACGGGGCUAAUUUGCUAGGGUCUACCUGGCUUUGCUCUGCCCACUGUCAGCCCUGCCCUGGGGCUCCCACCAGUUCCUGUUUCUGUCUUCUAGAACAGCAAGGAACUAGGAUAUUCUGGCCAUUCUGUUCAGAAACUACUUUUGCCAAGAAGGGCAAAGUUGUAAUCUUCCACUGAAAU